AUGCCAGCUGUAUUUUCAGGCUGCUGGGAGCUAAUCGCUUAUGGAAUCUUGCUGAACAUCAUAGGAGCUGGCUGUCUUCUGUUGAAAGCCAUUAUCGAUAAAGGAAAUACUGAGGCCCUGAUCCAUCAGAAACUAGAAGCACACGGUACUGGUAUGCUCAUCAUUGGGGACUUUGUUUUUGUUCUUUCAGAUAACGCCCCUAUUGACUUCUUUGAGUCAACAUUGGCAUUAUGUGACUGA